CACCUGCCUUGCAUUGCAUGAGAGAAGACUCCACUCUCAAAACAACAACAACAACAACAAAAAAAAAAAAAAACAAAUAAAGAAAGAAAAAAGAAAGAAGAUUGGUGCCGAGUGAGUGAGUGGGUUUCCAGGAAGAGAAUAAAGAAGAAAUGGUGUCGGACUCGGACCUCGUGACUCGGCUCCGUGAAAUACUCAGGAGGUCGGACUUGGACACGGCCACUGCCGGCAGUAUACGGCGGCAGUUGGAGGAGGAUCUCGGCGUUGAUUUAUCGGAGAAAAAGAAGUUUAUUAGAGAGCAAAUUGAUACUUUUCUCGAAACCUUUAAUGGAGGAGAAGGUAAAUCAGAGAAUGUGUCAGAAAAUGAAAAUACCGAAAACGACGCCGUUGGUGACGAGGAAAAUGAAAACGACGGCGUUAAAGAAGAAGAGGAAGAGGAAGAGGUAGAGACUGAGACAAAGGAAAGCAAAGGGUCAAACAAGACAGGAAAAGUGAGGAAAAGAGGUGGCUUUACUAAAUUAAGUAGCUUAUCUCCACAACUUCAAGCAGUUGUUGGAGUGCCUGAAUUGGCCAGAACUGAGGUUGUGAAGAAGCUUUGGGCCUAUAUCCGUGAGAACAACUUGCAGGAUCCAAAGAAUAGGAAAAAAAUAAAAUGUGAUGAAGCAUUGCAUGCUGUCUUCCGUGUAAAUUCAAUUGACAUGUUUCAAAUGAACAAAGCCCUGUCCAAGCAUAUUUGGCCAUUAACUGGAGAAGAUGAAAGUGUAAAACAGAAAGAAAAAUGUGAAGACAGUAAUGAUUUUGGGAAUGAAGGAGACAAUGGAGGGGAAGAGGAGGAGGAACAAGAAGAGGAGGAAGAGGUGGAAGAGGAAGAGGUAAAGAAAGAGAGUAAUGGAAGAAGCAAGAAAGGACGUAAAUCUGCUAAGGUGGAUGAAAAUGUUAAGAAAAGAGGAGGCGGCUUUACUAAACUGUGCAGUCUUUCUCCUCAACUUCAAGAGCUUGUUGGUGUUCCUGAAUUGGCCAGAACUGGGGUUGUGAAGAAGCUCUGGGCCUAUAUCCGGGAGAAGAAUUUGCAAGAUCCAAAGAAUAAGCGAAACAUAAUAUGUGAUGAAUCACUGCGUGCGCUUUUUGAUGUUGAUUCUAUUGACAUGUUUCAAAUGAAUAAAGCCCUGUCCAAACACAUAUGGGCUGUCUGUGAGGAAGAUGCUCCAAGCAACUCUUCACCAAAGGAAAAGGGGGCUAAACAAGGAAGAGAAGAAGAUCCUGAUGAACCUAAACAGAAAGAAAAACGGCAGAAGAAAGGAUCCUGCUGAUAAGAGGAGAAUUAUUUGUGAUGACAAGCUAAAGGAACUAUUUGAGGUUGACUCCUUCAAUGGCUUCACAGUCUCAAAGCUCCUGUCAUCUCAUUUAUCAAGACAGAACAGUGAGUUGCUUAUAUGUACAUAACUUGAGCCCAUCAAAAGUGGGAAAUUUUGCUUGAGUUGAAUUUACCCUUUUCCAUUUCGCUCUGGCAGCCUGUAUGCUCUUUGUUGAAGAAAUGGAAAUAGUUUUGCAAAA